AUGUUCUCGCCUAGCCCUAUCAGCUCCUCCAGCCCAGAUCGUACAACGGCCCUUAGUAGUCUUGUGACCUUCGUGCACAGACGACCCAACACUGGCAUUUUCCCUAGAAUAGUCCUGUGCGAUGUUGCAAGAUUUGCCUUGGCAAAUCUGCAUCAAGAACAUAUGCAGUGCGUACUAAUGCUCAACUUUAUCUACGAGAAGAUCUACACCUUCCUGUGGUUCUGGGUUUUCAUUGCCAUUGCAUCUACUUUCUCAGCAAUAAGAGCGCUUGUGGAUUAUUUUGUGCACAAAAUUCUCAGAUGUGAUGGCAUUCUCUUACUUUCAUUCAUAAAUGUGAACGCUGGAGGUCUUGUUACGCACGAUAUCGCGCACCAGCUUUGGAAAAUCACUGUGCAGCCCACGUUCAAGGGCGCCGCCACAGUGUCUCCAUCCGAGGAGUGCACCGUGAGAAAGGAGUCUGAGAUGAGGAAAGAUUCGGGGAUGUUGUACUGGCCGAGCUUCAUUAACCUGCCUGCAACUGUAAGAAAAAUGGGCUUGGCAAAGCGAAUGGAGGCUGCUGGUGACAGCCGCGAUGUUUCUUUCAAUGACAAAAAGUCAUACGCAAUAGCACAACCCAUGGUACGCAUGCGAUCUCUCAGUGUUGGUAAUCUGGAAGCCGAGCCUACAGCUCCUAUGGAAUCUUCGCCUUUGAUUUCUGACGGAUCUACACAAGCCGUCGAGGACUCGACGUGUCCCAUUCAGAGUCUUCCUGCUUCACCUGGUAGACGACGCCGUUUUGCCAACGGAGGACCAGGAGUUGCUUUUGUCGACAAUCGUUCUGAGAAGAAGUAG